CCUUGUCGACCGCGUGGCGGCACUUGUGCUGGAGUCAAUGGGAAACGGAGGAGAUGCCGCGGGCGACCACGACAACGGCUCAUUGUUGUUCCGUAUAACGCGCCUGCGGCGACGGGCCCUGUUCGGCGCAUAGACGGAAAUGUGGUGCCGAUGCCAAUAGUGACGACACAAUAACUGUUUUUUAUUAAGGAUUCCAACAAGUGGGCCCUUUACGGUCUUCUUGCCCAUCGAAGGAAACAAUGGUUCGAGGGUGCACGUUGUGGACUGCUGCGUUCUUCCUCAAAAGGGUAUACAAGUCUUCUGAGGAUAGUUCUACCGCCAGUGGCGCCGUACUGUCUUGAAAACCCCCGACGACUUUUUCAUCUGAUGAUGCGGCCCCUGGAGGUGUUGUCUGUGCUAGUUCUGUGGCCGCCAGUAGACGCCUCGGAUGACUGGUGGUAGCUCUCGUCUUUUCCGUCAUUGACGACGUCUCGUUGGACGCGGUGGGAGACGAUCAUAGUCACUUGCCGCAGACGUUCUACGAAACGCGCCACUGCAACUGUUAUGAAGGCGACAGUGUUACUCCUUGCCGUGGCGAUUCUCCUCACGGGAGGCGCUUGCGGAGAGCGUCGCCUGACGAGGGAAAAGAAGAACUACAUGCCUGACGCGAACAUAUGCUCUUACGAAGAAUCCGAGAUUGCAAGAAUUUCCAAAUGUUACUUCAGCCACUUACCAUCACAUACUUCUGUGGAAAACGACGUGGUUAUCGAGCCUGGGCGGAGCGACAUCGACGAGGCCGCAGUGGCCGGCACUGUGGUCGCCAUUCUAUUCGCGCUCCUCGCCGCUGUGGGGUUCUUUUAUUGUCGACUCAAGAGAGACAAGUGUUCGAGCGUCAGUUCCACAAUGGCCUUCUGCGGUCGCCUAAUGAAGACUGGAAUACCGGACUCGGGAGCGCGCGAUGAACGCGCAAGUUUCGCCGGAGGUGAUUCAGAUUAUGUGUCAUAUAAAAAUGUCAGCCCCCAGGAACCGCUUUUGAGCUCUGCCUUUCAACUGGACCGAGAGAUCAAAGCAAAGCUGGAGGCUGAAAACCUAUACAUCAAGAAAGAAAACGUUAUCAUUUGCGCGGUCAUCGGUCAAGGUCAAUUUGGUUGCGUCUACCGGGGCAUCUUGGAUUUGGGAGGCAAGAACAAAGCUCACACGUUGGCCGUAAAAACUCUUCAAAACAACACUCUGGGAGGAGAAGCGGAUGCUCAGGAGUUCCUGAGAGAAGCGCUGAUUAUGAAGGACUUUCACCACAUGAACGUUCUCCCUCUCAUCGGUCUCUCCGUUGAUGAAGCUGGUGGCCUUAUGGUCAUUACGCCGUACAUGAAACAUGGCGACCUGCUUUCCUACGUACGGGAUCCGAGAAACAAUCCGACUGUGAGAGACCUGCUUGGGUUUGGCAUCCACGUGGCCGAAGGCAUGAGGUAUUUGGCCGACCUGAAGUUUGUGCACAGAGACCUCGCAGCUCGUAAUUGCAUGUUGAGUGAAGAUAUGAUAGUCCGAGUAGCCGACUUUGGACUCUCUCGGGACGUCUACGAGCAAGACUACUACAGCGAAGACAGAAUGAAGAAAAAGCUGCCUGUAAGGUGGAUGGCGCCGGAGAGUUUGGAGAAAGGCGUCUACAACCACAAGACAGACGUGUGGUCAUACGGCGUGCUGCUGUGGGAGCUCUUGACGCGUGGCGUGACGCCGUACCCUGACGUUCCCAACUGGGACAUCGUGAAAUUCCUCAAACAAGGACGCCGCCUGGAGCAGCCCAGCUUCUGUCCAAGUGAGAUUUACACCGUCAUGCUCAAGUGCUGGCAAGACGACACCAAUCGGCGGCCUUCGUUCGCAAGACUAGCGAAUCUCAUCACGGACAUAAUCAGCAGUUUAGUCAAAGGAAAGGGAAACGUGAGAGUGGGCUUAAACAUUACCUACGGCAACUGUCUUCAGCCUGAAGCGGCCGCAUGUGCAGAAUAAAGCGCACAUGCCAUGUUCUCCACAUCACCCGGAGAAGCAAUGUGGCGACCAGCUAUCCUCAGCAGCCUUCUGUAUGAGUGCGUCUGUUCACAAAGUAACUUAUUUAACAACUAAAAGUAAUGAAAUAGUCAACUAUGCCGAUAAUUCGUAAUUUCAUGGC